AUGUCCCGUGUUCUUGCUUUCUUAUCAGAAUUACAACAAGCGACUGAUGUUUCUGGUCUGGUGUAUAGUAUUGAUUACCUUUCAGCAAGUCGUAGCGCAAGUACAUCGUCUACAAAAUCUGACUUUGACUGGACAACGAUCAUCGAUUGGCCUUCAUCUCCCGAAACAGUGUCAAAGCAGCCCCCUGCUCGCAUAUCGAUUGAGCACUAUACAUCUCCAUCAAAUCAGCCUGCUCUUCUUACGCAAGAUCGAAUUCAUCGACAACGGGAAUUGAAGAAAGAUUAUAACCAUCGAUAUUAUCAGAUACACAGAAGUGAUCCUCAGCUUUGGAGAAAGAAAUUAGAUAAUCAAAAACUUUACAGAAUUGUUAAAUCAAAAAGGGAGAAGUCUGAGCUCGCUAAAUUAAGUAAAGAAGACAGAGAAGCAAUUAUGAGGAGAAAGAAUCAAAAUCGGAGGGAACAAUAUUUGAAAAACACGAUCAAGCUGAAACAACAGGGAAAGAAACGUAAUCGUACGAAUCGUCUUGUUCGUGACUUGAGUCCUGAAACGAGGGAAAAAAGACGAGCUAAGAAUCAGAAAGCUGUACAAAAAUAUCGUGAAAAGCAGAAAGAGCAAGCAAGAAAUCAGCAAGAUGAUCACACCACCCAAUGA